AUGACUGAAAAAGCACAAUUAGUAGAAAUAGUUAAAUUUUCAUCAAUAACAACUGCUGAUAAAUUAUCAAGCAAUCUAAAAUAUAAUAAUCUUGAAACAUAUUCUAUUAUUUGGUUAGAUCGUUUAGUAAAUGAUGUAAAAGAAUAUAUUGAUGCUCAACAAAGACUUCGUGUAUCUAUAAAUUAUAUAAGAACAUUUAAAAAUAGUGAUGAUUGUGAACAAUUUAUUCAAUCUGUAUCUGAACAAGAUCGUAUUAUUUUCAUUGUUAAUAAUCAAUUAGGUCAAGAAUUAAUACCACGUAUUCAUCAACUUCGACAAAUAUUUUCAAUUUAUAUCUAUAAUCAUGAUAAUAAACGAGGUGGACAAUGGACUAAAGAAUUUAAAAAGAUUAAAGCGACAAGUUCACAAUUAGAUGUACUAGUUGCUCAAAUCAAAUCUGAUCGAGCUCGAAGAAGUCAUAAUAAAAUAGAUGAACCUUUAGCAAUAAGUAUUUUUGAUGUUAAUGUUAGUUAUAAAUUCAAUAGUCACUUUAUACGUUCACAUCUACUUAUUGAUUGUUUACUUCGAAUGAAAGAUACUUCAUCUGAUAUGGAAAAAUUUAUUAGUUUAUGUGAAGAAGAAUAUAAAGAUAAUAAAAGUGAAUUAGCUGUUAUUCGUGAAUUUCAACAAAAUUAUGCUACAGCACGUGCAUUAAGAUGGUAUACACGACAAUCUUUUCUUUAUAGAAUGUUAAAUAAAGCUUUACGAGUACAAAAUAUUGAUGUACUCUUUCUAUUACGUUUCUUUAUUUUUGAUGUUCAACAACAACUUAUAAAAAAUCAAUGUUCACAACCUACUCGUCUUUAUCGUGCUCAAUUAUUAACAAAUGAUGAAGUACAAUUAAUGAAACGUGCUAUUGGUGGUUUUCUUAUGAUAAAUACAUUUCUUUCAACUACAAUUGAUCGUGAAGUAUCAUUAUCAUAUCUUGAUACAAUGGAUAGUUCAGAUGAAAUUGAUAUGCAGCGAGUAUUAUUCGAAAUCGAUGCUGAUCCUCGUAUUAAUAGUAUGAAACCAUUUGCUAAUAUUAUUUGGCUUAGUUAUUGUUUCGGUCAACAAGAAGUUUUAAUGAUGAUUGGUUCAAUUUUUCAAAUAAUAGAAAUUCAACAUGAUGAAAAUCAACCAUGUAUUAUUCGAUUAAUUUUAUGCAGUGAAAAUAGUCAAGAUUUGAAGAAUGCUUUAAGAUAUAUUAACAAAGAAUAUGAUGGUAAAGAAAUAGAUCUUUUUUCAUUUGGUCAAGUUUUAUGUGACAUGGGAAAUUUUGAUGAUGCAAAAAAAUUUUAUCUUCGUGUACUUGAUGAUUUACCAACAAAUGAUCAAGAUCUUGCUACAUGUUAUCGUGCACUUGGUAAUGUUGCUGCUGAUAAAGGUGAUUGUGAUUUAAGUCUUGCAUGGUAUGAAAAAUUACAUGAAUUAUUAGCACGUACAUUACAAUCUGAUGAUGUUCGUCUUGCCGAUAGUCAUAAUAUUAUUGGAAAUAUUUAUUGGAAAAAAGAAGAUUUUAAACAUGCACUCGAUUCAUAUAAUAAAGCUUUGGUUAUAUACAAACGAAUAUAUGAUGAAAAUCAUUUGAUUAUAGCAGAAUGUUUGAAUAGAAUUGGUGCUGUCUAUGAAAAAGAAAAAAAAUAUUUUCAAGCACUUAAUUAUUAUGAGAAAUCAUUAUCUAUUUGUCAAAAAUCUCUUCCAGCUGAUCAUCCUGAUUUAGGAAUGGCACAUAGCAAAGUUGCUCAUAUUCGUCUAUUACUAUGUCAUUAUUAUUUAGCAUUGGGACAUUAUAAUAUUUCACUCAAAAUUAAAUUAAAUAGUCUUCCACCUGAUCAUUUAGAUAUAGCAUCAGAUUAUCGUGGCAUGGGUAAUACAUACAAAGCUAGAGGUGAAGUGAGUCAAGCAUUAAUAUAUUAUGAAAAAGCAGCUGAAAUUUAUCGCAAUCAUUUGUCUUCUACACAUCCUGAUGUCGUUGAAAUAGAAAGAACUAUUCGAUCUCUUUCUGCUCAAGCAAAAUAA